AUGGCAGGUCAGGGAAAUUCUGAUAAAAAAUUAAGAAAGCCGAAGUUCGAUGACUUAGAUCAAGCCAUGCUUACUUGGUUUCAUCAGCAGCGUGCAAAUAACAUACCAAUUUCUGGACCUAUUGCAAAAGCAAAAGCAAGUAGCUUUGCAGAAGAACUUGGUAUCGAAGAUUUUAAAGCUUCAGAAGGAUGGCUUGAUAAAUUUAAACAGCGGCAUAAUACAAAUUAUGGUAAAAUUAGUGGAGAAGCUAUGGAUGUAAAUACUAUGUUACCAAAAAUUGGCUGA